CCAUAACCCCUCGACCCGAAUCUCAGUUUCUCAGAAAAGGGCUAACCUCCGCAUCAUAAGCCGACACCCCGGAUCCCACAUAGUCCCAAGAAGUUAUGCCUCUCAAAGGAAUCUCCCCCGUCAUCUCGCCCGACCUCCUCAAGGUGCUGGCCGAGAUGGGCCACGGCGACGAGAUCGUCCUCGCCGACGCCCAUUUCCCGUCGCACUCCAUCUGCCCGCCACACAUCCCCGUGCUCCGCGCCGACGGCAUUACCGUCUCCCGCCUCCUCGCCGGCAUCGCCCCGCUUCUCGAGCUGGACAGCUACGGCGUCGUGCCGGUCGUCAUGAUGGAGGUCGUCAAGGGCGACACCUUUGAUGCGGCUGUCGAGGGCGACUUCCGCUCCUCGCUCGGUUACGACGGCGAGAUCGAGAAGCUGGAGCGCUUCGCCUUCUACGAGCGCGCCAAGAAAGCGUUCGCCAUCGUCGCGACAGGGGAGACGAGGAAAUACGGCAACAUCAUCCUCAAGAAGGGCGUCACGCCCAUCGAGGAGUAAAGGGCCCGCGAAACGGGCAUUGCUGGGAUUCGGAAGCUGUG